GUAAUAUUUGUUGCAGUAUUUAUCUCAUGAUCAAGAGAUUGCUUCUAUCUACACAAAUAAAUAUUUACUGCCUUCUUGAAAAUCAUAUACUUUUAUGUAUAUAUCUGCGACACAUUGGGUUAUAAUACUGCCAGGUAAGUCCUUAACCCAACAGCUUGUACUUGACACAGAUGUCGUGGUGUGUGACGCAGUUGUUGAAUGUUUUCUGUUAUCGUGUCCUUUCAUCAACUGCUUUGGUGUUUAUAAAAUAGAAUCAAAAGGACUGCACGUAGAAAGUGUGUUGCAAGUGACAGUGGCUGUAGUUGUUUACACUGAUAAUGUUAAUAUUGCUGACAACAUGUCACGACACAGAAAUGUUCGUUCCUUGAACUAUAGCGAUGAGUAUGAUGGAUAUGAUGAUGAGUAUGGACAGUCUGUUGAAGACGAAUACUGCAUUUCUCCUAGUGAUGCUGCCCAGUUCAUGUACGACAGAAACAGACAAUCCACACAGAUUUCUGCUUUCUUCGAUGAAUCUGACAAUAUCGCUGAGGAAAAUGAGACAGAAGAAAGCAUUGGCAGUGUCAGAAGAUCAUCUGACACCUUUCAGAAACCUCAUUUGAGUGAGCUGGAGGAAGUCCGGCUCCAAUCGUGCCUAGAUGAAAUUAGAAAUGUGAUUGGUGACACUAUUCCAGAGAAUAUAAUUAUUGAAACAAUUCUAAAGAAUAGUUUUGACUUAAAUAAGUCUCUGGAUGCACUGCUUUCCUAUGAACCUUCAGCCAGCAAAUCUGAUGACCCCAAGCCACAGCGAGAGAGGAAAGAUCGAAAUCGAGAUGAUGAUUUUAGUGAUUUUUAUCCCUGUGUGCAAAGUCAUUUGACAAGAAAUCAGGAACACAAACAUUUCAAUAUUCAUUGUAAAACUCGGAAACCACAGCAUAAUUGUUUGAAUGCAGACUUUUUAAUGUUAAACCAUUUAGCAGUAGACAGUACAAAUUUGUCCUCUAAUUUUAAUAUGAAACAAAGUAAUUUGCCCAAGGAAUUUUCACUAACUGUUAAUGAAAGAACCGAAAAGUUUGGCAGUGUAAACAAUAUUUGUGGAACUAUGAAUACUUCAGGAAACUCUGGGAUGCUGAAAAUUAACAAUGACUCAUCAAAUGACAGAAUGAAGGCUGUUAAUAGCUGUCCUGAGACCCAAUUGAAAUUUCAAAUACCACGCCUACAGAAACUUCGUAAAGAUUCAGAUAAAGAAAACAUAGCAGAAGGGGAUGAUUCAGAUUCAGAUGAAAUAGCAUUUUCUUCGCUGGCUACCCUUGCAAAACAGUAUUCUUUGAAGAAUGUAACUCCUUCAGAAAAGAAGUUAGAAAUACUGGAGAUAAGUCAGUCUGAACUUUCAUGCAGGGCACCAACAGUUCCAUCUCUAAGAAAUUGUGAUACGACAAGUGAGAUGUUCAUAGAUGCAGAUAGUCGUGGAGCAGUCUGUGAUGAACUAGUAAAAUGCCACAGUGAAAGUUUUGGUUCUGCAGAUGCUCCGGACACAGCAAGCAAAUAUAUAGUACCCCAUAAACCCCAUUGUGAACAAUAUUCAAAAAAUGAAGACAGACAUUUGUCUAUUGAUGACAUAGAUGCAACAUCUGAAAGUGGAAUGGCAGAGAGAUUCAGCAGAUUGUCAACACAGAAUGCAGGUGAAUCUGCAGGCCCAUUAGGAUCUCCAGUUUUAUUAAAUUUGUGUCAGAGUGAUACAAAGUCAAAUGUUCAAAUGCUUAAUCAUGUGCCUUGUUUAAGGGAAGUGAAGAGCAGUGACAAAACAACAUCAUCAUCUGGAAAUCAAAACUUGUCUUCUUUGUCAGAAAUUGUCAAAAAUCAUCUAGUACACAAAUCAUCUUCAUACUGCAAUAGCCCUCAUGCAGUUGGUAAUUAUGAGGUUAUGAAGUCAGAAUCAUGCCCACAGUUUGUUAUACCACGUCUGCAUAUUGCACAAAAAAGGAGAGGUAUAUCUGAAUCUUUGUCUGAUGGUAGUCAAGAUGUAAAUACUUCUAGUAUGGAUAGUGCUAUGGCAGAUGAAGACAAUGAUACGGAUAACUGGGUUAUAGAUUUGAAAUGUGCUCUAAAGAACACACAAGGAGAGAGCACUAAAGAUUCUGUUGUGGUUGACUACCCAACACAAGAUAAACGUUUUCCUAUUGACUUGACACCAGAAGAUCAUUUAUUUGUUCCUAACUUACCUUGUUUAUUGGAUGCAAGUGAUGCAUUAAGAGAGAAAUAUAGUCAGUCCAGGAGAGAACCAUCAGCAUUUGGUAAAGUGUUGUGCAGAAAGUGGAGAGUCCAUCAUGUAAAAAGUGUGUCCAAAAAGAGACAAAUAUCUGAAAGUAUAAGCAGAUUUACUUUCAAUACUCCAUCCCCAGAUGAUGUUAUUUUGACCUAUCUUAGAUUGAAGUGAAGAGUGUAUUGUGCAGUUUGAAAUAUGGUGUUAAAAUUUGUAGUGGUUGAAAAAGAACGACACCUCAGGUAAUUAAUAAGAAUCAUUGACAUUUUAAAUCAUUGUGCCGUACAGUAUAUGUUGUUUUCAUUUAACUAGAUUUUGUUAAGUCAAUGGUAUGGGCUUCUUUCUGUCUUUGGGACCAGGAACAUUUACACUUUUAUACAAACAUUUUCUUUUUUUACUCUAUUGUCCUCACUUGGGAAUUCUCUGGUUCACUACUGUAAAUCAUUUGUCAUUGUGUUCUGGUUUCAUGCCUCUACAUAGAUAUAACAUUAAUUCAUUGGCUUGGGAGUACAUUGUUGUUGAAUAGUGAGCAACUGACAGACCUGUGCAUACAGUUUGUUGGAUGCAGUUUAAAACUCUUAUUCACACAAACUACAUUUCCUUUUGCUUAAGUGAUUAUAUUUUUACUAAUUGAAAAAGUAUUUCAAUUAAAACUACAAUUAUUUCACUGAGGUAUAAAUUUGACGGUUCGGAAUAAUAUUAUCGCAAUUUACUUCUGUGAAAUUUUACAGGAUAACAAAUGUAAAGUUUCGUUGUUUCUCAAAAAUCACCACUUAACUUUACAGUCUUGUUGUUUAUUUAGAAAGACCAUUUGUAUCAUUGGCAUUCACUUUAUUUCAGUGAUUACAUAUAUCGAAGUGUUUUGGGAGUGAAAAUUGCUGUUAAAUUCAUUAAUAACCAAAAUUAACAGCACUUUAAGAUUUUAUUCUUCUAAACGUACAUGGUUAUCAAUGCAAGGUGCACAUGUUAAAAAACUAUAUUGUGCUCUGUGUAUGACAGUAACAGUUGAAACCACAGUGUCAGUUCAGCAGUGAAUUUCUGUGCAUGGACACACAUGUAAGUGAAGUACAAAAAAAAUUUGAUAUUAAAAAAACAAGAUAAAAUUUAAACUGAAAAUGUAGCUGUCAUCAAAAUACAAUUAUUACACACCUUUAUUCAUCUUGCUUAACAUGAGGUUCACAUGUGCAAGUUGUCAUAAAAGCCAUGGUAAGUAGUUGGUAUAAUAUUUCUCUUGCAAAGCAGCAAUAAAGUUGAAUAUUAUCCCCUCUUAAGUUGGUAGUGGUGAGGAAUAUGUGAAUGGCAAUGUAGCUGCGUGUUCUAUAUGUGGCCUGCAGCCUCAGAGUUAUGCAAUGAAUCAUUUGCUUUGUACUCAGCACCAUAUUAAUAUUUGAAAAAAACAUGUUCCAUGGUUUCUAUUUCUUCACUAUCAAAACUGUCGCUCCAACCCAUUUCAUCCUUUCUCAAUUUUCUAUUGUGGUCCAAUCUGUAACCUUAGAAUAUGCCUCUUUGAAAUAGAGAAAAAAAUCACUUUGCCAGAUCUCAGACAUGUAUCAUUUUCUACCUUGUUGUCCUGUAGCAGCUGGUGUAUACCAUUGAGCUGGUAUAUAAAUGCUGAUGCCCUUUUUUGGCUCUCUUAUAAUGCCAUACAUGCUGUCUCCUUCAUUUUUAAUGUGCUCCUUCUCUAAAGACUAAAUUGAAUCAAUUGACAGGUUAGCUACACUGAGGAAACACAUGAUAAAGACAAAUCUGCUUUGAUGUUGGCCACUGCAGUCAUCAUAAAUAGAAGAAAAUUUCCAGUGCCCUCGUUCCACAUUGACAAUCUUCUUUUCUCUUCAUUAGGUUACAGAUAGUAAAACUGUAAGUGAUGAGUUUUCAUUAGUAGUAGAAUAAAGAUGUGUCAAAGUAGGGAGAAUUCAGUAGCUGCUGGAGAUUAAAGCAGGCACACAGGAAUGUAUUGUCAUUCUGGCUCUUCAUCUUGUCAGCAAUGUUUCUCUGCAAACACCAUAAUUAUCUUUAUUCAGUAAAUGUCUGCCUGUGGUAUCUUCCAAGGUAGCUUUUCUUCCCGGAUCUGGAUCCGUGUGUGUCUCCCACACAUCAUAGUUAACUUUUUUUUCUUUCUUUUUGAAAAAUCCUAGUUUGUACUCAGCAUUAAAAACUUUUUCGUUCAUCCAAGCAGAAGAAUAUAUAUAUAUAUAUAUAUAUAUAUGAGUGUUACCUAUUUGAUAUUAUCCUACGUUUUCAAAAAAUUGUAUAUGAUCCCUAAUCCCUUGCAUAAUAACCUCUGAUGUGUGAUAUUUGGUGUGCUUGUAUUGUUUCCUGUAACUCUGUAUAGAUUCAGGACUAGUUUUUGCUGAAAUUGUUUUUACCCACUGAUCAGUAAUACCAAACAUAUUCAAAAUCAUUGUUUUACUACACAGUUGAAUGCCACCAUAGAACUGCCAAACACUAAUUAUUUGAUGUCACAAGCCUCAUGCUGUACCAAUGUAAAGGAUGAUAUAUCACAGAAAUCUGAUCUAGUGUCUAGUUAUGAUGUUUGGUCUUUCAUGUUUGCAAGCUAUACCAAUAAAGAUAGCACGUACAGUCAUAUUACACCAGAUAAAUGUGAGGUUGGACAAUGAGAAGACAUGUGACUCCAUUGAUAGUUAAGAUAGUAUUGUUCUGAACCGUUGAAUUGUAUUAGUAUUGAAUUAAAAAGACUGAAUUGAUAUUUUCUUUUUACGGUCCUUUUGUCACUAUACUGAGGCAGAAUUUUAAUGUAGAUUGUGGUGUUAUUAGUGAUUCAUUGGUCUCAAAUAAUGUGCACUUGUGAUUGAUUUUUAUUUUUUUAUGUAUUUAUUACAGUACAAUGACAAAUUGCUCACAUAUGGUACAAAUUUCUCUCUUCGUGUGAUAGAAUUAGUUUUUUA